GCUCCUACGACAACAAAAGACAUGAUGGAAACAGAAAUAAAAAUAUCGUCGCUGCCCUCGCCUCUUAAGUGUUUGGAGUCGAUGAAAGAUUUUUUAGAUUGGGUUGAUGAAAAUUGGAAAGAAAUUGAAGCUUGUUCACGUUGGAUCGAUAAACAUUACACACAAUGCGAAGAAUUCAUUAUCCACCCCGAAUUGGAAAGCUUCGAAGGUUAUGAAACAUUGUAUCCGAGUGCCGACAAAGGGGAAUGGGAAAAAGUCCUUGAAAUAUGUCGUAAAGAAAUGUUUUUAUGUACUGCCCCGAUCAUCAGUUCCUUGGACACGGUAUUCCACCUAGCAAUCUCUGAUGACCAAAAAGAAUAUUUUGAAAAACUUCUACAACUAUUACCUCAGGAAAGUUUACGCAUAGCAAGUGCUUUAAGAAGGAAAAACAAGAAAGGAAAUAAUCUUCUCCACAUUGCAGCAUCAGUGGGGAGUGUGAUGAUGUGUAGCCUCAUCAUUAGCAUCUCAAAAUCAAUGAUAAAUACUUAUAACAAUGAAGGUGAGUCCCCUCUCUUCGUAGCAGCACUUAAUGGUCAACAAGACGCUUUCCUUUACCUCCAUUCUGAAUGCGGCCCUAAUGAAGACUACUGUAUAAGAAAUAACGGUGACACCAUUCUACACUGUGCUAUCGCUGAAGAACACUUUGAAUUGUCGUAUAAAAUACUUGGCUUGUAUGGAGGUCUGGUAGAUUUUACCAAUAAGAAACGCAUAACCCCUCUCCAUCUCUUAGCAAAUAAGCCUUCCGCCUUCAAAAGUGGCAGCAAUCUUCGAUGGUUUGAAAAUAUCAUCUAUCACUCAAUUGUCGGAGGAAUAGAAGAACAGGAGCUAAUUAACGAAGCAGAAAAGAAGCAUUUAAGAUCACAAGAUAUCCCUGGAGACAGACACCAAAGAUCCAACGGAGCUCUAUGGGAUAAGUUACAACAUCCACCUAAUUACAGAACUUGCUUUGAGUUUGUAAAACUUGUAUUCACGGCAGUGCCAUCAAUUUUUAGAAAAACCACAAGGAAGGAAGCUGAUAUAGAGAACUCUGUAAGACCAGACCACGUUAACCACGGAGGAGACCCAUCACCCUAUCGAGUUGAAAGGCAUCAAUUACAACUUCCACCUCAUUACAAAACCUGCUUUGAGUUUGUAAAAGUUGUCUGCAAGGCUGUGCUCAUAAUACUUGGAGCUCCGGAGAUGGUAACGAAGGUGAGGAGGACGAAGUUGAGGAACGAAUGGUCUAUUCUGAUCAUGAACAAAGUGCUGAAGAACACUUCAAUGUAUCGAUUUUCAAAAGACAUACAUUCGCUUUCUUCCUACGAUCCAGUGAUACAUGAGCAUGCAAAAUCUGAAAAAGUUGAUGAGAAGAGCCCUUAUGGUGUCAUAAAAACUGAAGACGAUUUAACUGAGAAGUAUCUGCGUACUUUAUCCAGCUUAAAUAAAGACCACGGAAAAGAUAUUGAAGAGCCGAUUAAAAGCUUAAUACCUGUGAUGCCUGAGCAAGAGGAAAAAAAGAAAAAGGAAGACAGUGAUCAGUCAAAGGCAACAAAUGUACAAGAUUCUACCAAAAAAAAGAAGAAAAGAAGCAGACAAAAAGACAUUGAUCUGUCAGAGUUAACACCCAUACUAGUAGCAGCAAAGAAUGGAAUUACCGAAAUGGUUAAGGAAACCCUCAAGAGAUAUCCCAUGGCCAUGUAUGAUGUGGAUAAAAACCAAAAGAACAUAGUAUUAUUGACAGCGGAGCAUAAGCAACCUUGUGUAUAUGAGCUCCUACUCUCACUCAAGGAAGAGAAAAUUAUUAAAGAAAGUAUUUUUGGUGAAGUGGAUAAUGAGGGGAAUAGUGCAUUACAUCUUGCAGCGAAGAGUACAGAUUUUAGUUGGCCAGUUCCGGGAGCCUUAUCCCAAAUGCAAUGGGAAAUCAAAUGGUAUGAGUACAUUAAGAAAUCUUUAUUGCCAAGAAGCUUCCAUUUUCUCAGCAACAAUAAUAGCCAAACCCCAGAGGAGGUCUUCACCAAGAACCACCAGAAACUUGUUGAACAAGGAGGGAAUUGGCUAAACAACACAUCGAAUGCAUGCUCAGUGGUAGCAGGCCUCUUUGUCACAAGUACCUUUUCCACCGCAACCAACGUGCCUGAGGGUUUUGAAACCACAGUCAAUAAGGCAUCCAAAAUUUACGCAUGCUCAUCCUUUGUGUCCUUCUACUCUUCACUCAUAGCAGUUGUCAUGUUCCUUGCAAUUCCCACAUCUGGGUGUAGAGAAAGAAAUUUCCGCCACGCCUUACCACUAAAGCUUUUGCUGGGUUUAACAACAUUCUACAUUUCCAUAGCUUCUACCUUGGUGUCCUUCACAACCGGACAUUUCUUCAUCUUUAGGAAUCAACUAAAAUUUGUCUCUUCCACCUCGUAUAUAGUGACCAACGUGUUGGUAACGGUGUCUUCUAUGGCAGUGUUUCCACUCUACUUUCAUUUGGUGUGGGCUACCUUCAAGAAGGUGCCACAACGUACAUACAGGGUUAAUAUUCCUAUCUUCAAGAAUCUGAUGGCUCAGGUUAUUGAUUGAUACACUUUCUCCAAUAAUAUUGAUACUAUACUUGUACUGUGUGCUCUAUUUCAAUAAAGCAAAACAAAUUUUAUU